AUGUCACUAACUAAGUAUUUGGGUACUUACAAAGUGAGAACCAGCCCCUACCAUCCAAGUUCCAAUGGAAUUGUCGAGAGAUUUCAUCGCUCCUUAAAACAAUCAAUUCGAUGCCACACUGCAUUACAGGGGACUGAUGCGUUACCUACUGUACUUCUAAGUCUUCGAUCAGCGUUAAAAGAGGAUCUGAAUGCCUCUUCUGCCAAACUGGCAUAUGGUAUUAAUCUCCGUUUGCCUGGGGAUUUCGUACAUUCAUUCAAUCCAUCUACCUGCAACGUAGAUCCUGUUACAUUCGUUCAUCAGCUUAGAAACUGUAUGUCAAAAUUGCGACCAGUUCCUGCCAGCGCUCAUUGCAAACAAACUGUGUUUGUGCAUAAGGAACUUAAAAACUCAUCUCAUAUUUUUCUCAGAUGUGAUGCUUUAAAGCCUUCUCUCGCGCCACAGUAUUCAGGGCCCCAUCAAGUGCUAGCUCGAAACGAAAAAACAUUUAAAAUUUUGGUCAACGAAAAAGAAACUGUCGUUAGUAUCGACCGUCUUAUGCCGGCAUUUAGCUGGACACCAGAAGCCACUGGAGCGAAUGCGUCUUCACCAUCGCAACUUCCGUCUCAAGAUUCAAGCCUUCGACAGAAACCACGACUUCCGACUUAUCAGAUGCUACGAUAA